AUGCCUCUCCUCUUUGGGUCGGGUACACCUCCACCCUUCGAACAUAGCACCCCGUCCUACCUCCAAUCAAACACGAUGGAAACAUCGCAGCGUAUUCUCGAUGUUAUAUUGCGUUACAGGUCUCCUCUGCCGAAGGAUUCCCCGGAUCGUAGUGACGAGGGCGUGCUCAAAUCCCUUGGCCUCAUCUACCGAGCGGUGAAACACAGCGAACCAGUUCGCAUGGUACUUCCUGCUUUUCCUUUCAAAAGUCCAAACAGCAGCGUUAAAGUCCUGGGUACCCUUCCAGAUAAGGCCGAGGACGUAGCUCUGGCCCAUCUGAAUGGACUAUGCGCUGCAAUCGAGGACAUCUACCCCCCGGGCGCCGUUCUUACCAUCGUCUCGGAUGGCUUAGUUUACAACGACCUGCUAGGCGUGCCAGACCAUACAGUCUGGACUUAUGGCCAAUCUUUGCGACAACUUACCAAGACCAAGGGAUACACGCACAUCGACUUUGCACGACUCAAGGACCUGCUUGGCAUCUCUUCUCUGCGUGAAGAUAUUGAUGAGAUGGCCUAUGCUGCUGUUGCGCCUUCAAUCCGCCUCGCACUGAUGCACCGGUACGGCAGCUUCAAUUGGGACUCUGUGACCAACGAAUCGUACGUCAAUAACGACGAGAACAAGAGGUUGACCUACUGCGGAUACCUAAAGUUCCUCGCUUUGGAUUUGGCGAACACCUACCUAAUCGGUCAAGGGCGAACGAAGAGCGCGUUCAAGAGAGGUGUCGAGGUUAUUGCAAAGAGUAUGCUGAAACGCGGCGAAGCAUUCGCAAGAGCGGUUCGGGAAAACUAUCCCGAUCAUGUUCGACUCUCCAUUCAUCCAAGCACUGGCGAGGACAAGAUAUCGAUCAACGUCCUGCCGAUGAAUAGAGUCAUUACGCCGUGGCACAGCACUGUAGCUAUAAUGGUCGACGGAACAGUGCUGGCAGGACAGCGUAAGGAAUUCGAGGAAGACACAAGAAUGGAGCUGGUGUAUGAGGAUGGAAGGCCGAGCUACUUCCGAGAACGAUCGCCCUUAUAUCACUGGGAUCAUUCAGUUCCUGUGGCGUUCGAACCGAUGUAUCCUUGUGGAAUCAUGAUCAGGCCGGCCGAGGGCGCCAAAUCCUUGUCCAUCCAGGACAUCGAUGCCCGCAGAGUAAGGGAACUGGCCGAACUGAACUCGCCUGUAAUUCUGAGAGGCUUCAAGCAAACCAAGGAUCGAGAUGCUUACGUCGCAAAAUCGUAUGAAAUGGGUGUACCGACACCAUGGAAAUUCGGCCUUGUACUCGAAGUGAAGGAUUGUGGUAACGAAGGCCAAGGUCUGAACAACGUGCUAAGCCAAGAGUGGAUGCCUUUCCAUUUUGACGGCAUGUUCAAGACCCAGAAGCAGAGGCGAGACGACGGAACCGAACAUCUUGUGCCUAACCCUCCACGCUUCCAAUUCUUUGCUGCAGUCACACCAAGCCCAAAAAACACCGGAUACACGCUAUUCUCGAGCUCGAAACUUGUUUUCGACCAUCUCCCGGCAGAUAAGUCGUCGAAACAGCUCGAAGCAUUAACAUGGUCGGUCAAGACCCCCUCAUUUGACCAAUCACUCAUUGGCAAUAUGCCACUUGUUGCGACACAUCCUUCCACAGGCCGACCUUGCCUCAGAUACCACGAGCGGUGGCCUCAAGAGAAAACUCGUUUCGACCCGACCGAGGUAGAAAUUGAGAGCGACGACGGGACCAUGUGCGACGUCCUGGAAAAGUUGUUGCAUGACCGCAGGGUAUGCUACUGGCACUCAUGGAAGGAAGGAGACCUUAUUGUCAACGACAACAUCUCUAUGCUGCACACAAGAAGCUCGUUUCAGGCGGGUGUUGAUCGAGAGUUGUGGCGAAUCCAUUUUGACUGA